AUGUGUUUGUAUCAUUGGCUCAAGUGGCUGGACGAAGGUGCAGACUCUGUUAGGGUAACAUCAUUUGACUAUAAGAAAGCGUUUUACUCGGUAUCCCAUAACAUUAUUUGUGAAAAAUUGAAAACACUCGAAAUUAAUCCGUAUACUAUAAACUGGAUUAUUAGUUUUCUGGCCAACAGAAAACAAAGAGUUGUUGUUGAUGGCAUAGAAACUGUUUAUGUUGAUAUCUACAAAGGCGUACCGCAGGGUACGGUUUUGGGUCCCUUUCUAUUUUCGUUUAUGGUUAAUGAUAUAAAACCCAUGGAUGCGCAAAAUAACCUAUCGAUUAAAUUUGCUGCUUAUAUAACGACAAGUGCUCCAGUAAAAUCAGGAUCGGUUUCUGCUGAGGCUGAGGUGGAAAGCAUUCAGAAUUGGUCGGAAGCAAAUCAAAUAACAUUAAAUCUUUCUAAAACGUGGGAAACGGUUGUGCACUGUGGGUCCAUGAAAUCGUUACCGGCACCGAUUGUAGGUAUUGAACGAAAGAGCUGGUUGAAAUUAUUACGUGUCACAUUUCAGGAAAAUCCAUGUUGCGGGGAUCUUCAUAUCGAUGAUCUUCUGUCGAAGGCCAGCGGGC